AGCAAGCAGCAUCCACUUUAAGAUAUCUGUAUUUUGUUAACGGAUACAAACAUGCGGCGGGUCUGGAGUCACAUCAACGUGCAUGCUCAAAUAAUUUGCCACCACGGAGGGAAGUCGUGGGCAAAUGACAAAGGAGAUCACAUCACCCGAGUACAUCAUUUAGGGAACAUCAUCGCAAACAUGUAUCCAGCAGGGGUUGUUCGUUAUUAGAGCAACUGAAGCAGAAAGACGAGGCGUGCUGCUGUCCCCUUGACUGCGAGAGAGCCAGUGCAGCACUAAUGAGCGAAAUAUGGAGAAGCAGACUCUAAUCACGACAAUCAGCUUGUCAAUGAGCCUCUGUUCUUUGAUAUUGCUAAUCACUGCUAUAUUCACUGACCACUGGUAUGAGACCGACACCACGAAGCACAAGGAGAACUGUGAGUACGACGGGAGCGAAUCCAAUGACCAAAAGAGCCGGGUGAUGCCCAUUUAUCACCUGCCUCUCAGGGACAGUAAUAACCCACAGAGGAAUCUGAGCUUCCUAAACCCGGUGCCUGCAGAGAGUAUGGAGGACGAUCUACUGGAAAACUGGAGGUCAAUUUUAGGACAGGGAGUUCUGGAAUCUGAAUGCGGGCGUCCAUUGUUCUCAACCUAUGCUGGACUGUGGAGGAAAUGCUACUAUCUUGACAUUGACCGGGAUAUUGAUAACCUAAUUUCAAAGGGUAUUGCACAGCAAUGCACAUCUGUGAAGUACCAUUUCUCACAACCUAUUCGCCUAAGAAACAUUCCCUUUAAUUUGACCAAAACUAUUCAGCAGGAUGAGUGGCACCUCUUGCAUCUGCGAAGAAUCACCGCUGGGUUUCUCGGCAUGGCUGCUGCUGUAUUGCUCUGCGGGUGCAUCGUGGCGACUGUCAGCUUCUUCUGGGAGGAAAGCCUCACCCAGCACGUGUCUGGGCUCCUCUUCCUCAUGACAGGCAUAUUUUGCACAAUUUCGUUGUGCACCUAUGCAGCAAGCAUCUCGUACGACCUGUCCCGGAUCCCAUCAUUUAUCUAUGGUCUUCCGAAUAACGUGGAGCACGGCUACAGCUGGUCGAUAUUCUGUGCCUGGUGCAGCCUGGGCCUGACUGUGGCCUCGGGGUGCCUUUGUACCACAUACCCCUUCAUCAACAGGACCAAGAUUAUACAAUCAAAGACCACCAUGGCCUCUUCUGUGUGAACAUUUAUCAGGAGGACUGCGUUACUACAAUGUUCUGUUGGUUUUUUAAUGGAAAUAUUUUCCAAAGCUAUUUUUCUUUCUUGUUUUUAUGCUUUACCUAAUGUACUUCAGUUCUACUCCAGCAGUCAUUUUCAACUUUACAUUUCCAGAUAUGCCAUACUGUCAUCUGCUGGUAGGAAUGGGUAUUGUAGUGCAACAGAAAUUAAUUGGAUGGUAGAUCAUCAAGGUUGGGUAGUUCUCAGUUGUACCUCUAGGUGGCACUAGAUUGUUGAAAGCUGGUGACCUUAUUACUGUGACUAACACAACAUAACUAUGGCAGGCUGUCCAUACAAGCCUGGGAUUUACUGUUGUUUUUUUUUUUGUCUGUGGAUUGACCAUAAAUCUCCCGUCUCCUGGAGGGAAUGGUAUUUAAUAUUGUACUGAAAAAAUAGAACAGAAAUCUAAAUGUGUUAUUUAAACAAAUGCAAUGAAAAUAUCUUAUCUCCCAUUGGAAACAAUGACGUUCUACCCUACUACUGUUCAGUUUGUGUGGAAAGUGUGAUGUGCGUCUGAUCUCUUGGGAUUAUUGUUCUCGUGUCCUGAUCCAGCCAACCCUGGGGUAUUCCUUCAGUGUGUGUAUACCGUGAAACCUGCUGACGUCAUGUUU